CUGCCCCGGCGGAUGGCCCGAGCCUGUCCCCGCCCAGGAGGCACGUGCAGCCGGGAAAGGAGGCUCCGAGCCGACGGCGGGCUUCCUCUUUGAAGCGGGGGGACGUCGGGGACGUGUCCGCGGCCGGCUCGUGCUCGGAGGCCAUGGACGACUGGCCCUGGAUGGCCCUGGCGGUCCUCGUGGGCCUCACGGUCCGCUGGACGGUGUCUCUGCAGUCCUACUCAGGAGCCGGAAAGCCGCCCAUGUUUGGAGACUACGAAGCUCAGAGACACUGGCAGGAGAUCACCUGGAACUUGCCGGCCAAGCAGUGGUAUGUCAAUAGCAGUGACAACGACCUACAGUACUGGGGCCUGGACUACCCGCCCCUGACAGCCUACCACAGCCUCCUGUGUGCCUUUGUGGCGGAGCUCUUGGAUCCGGCCUGGGUGGCCCUCCACACAUCCCGGGGCUAUGAGAGCCCUGGACACAAGUUAUUCAUGCGAGCAACAGUCUUUGUAGCCGAUUUGGUGAUUUACGUGCCUGCCGUGGUGCUGUACUGCUACUGGUUGAAAGAAGCUUCGAGCCAAAAGAAGAUCGCCAGCGCCUUCUGCAUCCUGCUGUACCCUGGCCUCCUCCUGAUCGACUACGGACACUUCCAAUACAAUUCCGUGAGUCUCGGCUUGGCUCUGUGGGGUGUUCUCGGCCUGUCUCAUGACCGGGACAUCCUCGGCUCGCUGGCCUUUUGCCUGGCCCUGAAUUAUAAACAGAUGGAGCUCUACCACUCCUUGCCCUUCUUCUGCUUCUUGCUGGGCAAAUGCUUCAAGCAGGGCUUCACAGGAAAGGGGUUGUUGCUGCUCCUGAAACUCGGCUUGACCGUGGCCGCUGCCUUCGCUCUCUGCUGGCUGCCGUUCCUUACUGACGUGGAACGCGCCGGGCAGGUGCUAAGAAGACUCUUCCCGGUGGACCGAGGCCUGUUCGAGGACAAAGUGGCCAACGUUUGGUGUAGCCUCCACGUCCUCCUGAAGAUCAAGAGCCGCCUCACGCCGCACACUCAGCUGAUGUGCAGCUUCACCUUCACGUUCCUGAGCCUGCUUCCUGCGUGUAUCAAGUUAACCCUCCAGCCCAGCCUCCGAAGCUUCAAGUACGCCCUGGUUAGCUGUGCAUUGUCAUUCUUCUUAUUCUCCUUCCAAGUACAUGAAAAAUCCAUUCUUCUGGCCUCGUUGCCCGUCUGCCUCGUCCUCAGCGAAGCGCCCUUCGUGUCCGUGUGGUUCUUACUCGUGUCCACUUUCAGCAUGCUGCCUCUGCUGCUCAAGGACGGCCUGGCCAUGGCCGCCGUCGUGACCACGCUGGCCUUCCUGCUGGCCGCCCGAGCCUUGUUCGCCGUGUCGGGGACGCUGUCCGAGGACGAGCUCCAGCUGACCUCCUUCGCGCUCUGUGUGCGCAGGCUCCUCCCGGCCUUCAAGGUGCCCGCCGAGACGCUCCUGAGCUGGUUCCGGAGCUCGGCGCUAGUCAUGGGCCUUCUGACCCUCGUCAGCGUCACUGUGGACCCUCCCGCCGCGCUGCCCGACCUCUUCUCGGUGCUCGUGUGCUGCGUUUCCUUCCUGCAUUUUCUGCUCUUCUGGAUCUACUUCAACGUCAUCAUCAUAUGGGAUCACAGAGACGGGAGAAGCCAGAAGAUGGACUGACCGUCCUCCGCGGCGCAGCCCAGCCAGAGGGGCCGCGGGGGCUGCUGCCGACGCCAUGCCUGUCCCCCCCCCCCCCCCCCCCCGCAGACUCUGCCGCAGUUGGCCGCGCUCCGCCGGCGUCGCCAGGCCCACGCUGGAGGCCGCCCCCCCCCAACCACCCCCCUGGCCGCCCACGUCCGGUCGCCGUCGCCCGUGCCUGGAGCUCGGGGCGGGAUGUGGCGCCUGUGACCGAGGACGCGCGUGGGGGCUCCCCGCUGACACCAGGCAGGUCCUUCCCCCAAAUUGACCUGGUUUUGUCUGCGAGACGAGUUUUAGCUCAUCUGAGAACGUCAAAGAUUGGCUGGUUUGACAAAUAAAGAGAAAAUGGUGUGACUUCUGCGCACGUCCGUCCCUGGACACGUCCGCGCGCCCGUCCGCGCGCCCAUCCGCACGCGCACGUUUAAAGGCUCGGGUGGGUUUUGAGCGGGUCCCGCCCUCGUGCAGGGCGGCCUCGCGUCCCUGCCGCUGAAACAGAGCCGUCACGUCUGGCGGCCCCUAAAAGGGGCUCCGAAUUCUUGGGGUCACGGAAUAAAAAUGGCUCUGGAAGCGUUGAUGGCCAGCCUGAUGGCGGCACCACGUGGGGGCGAGCGUCCGGCCGAGGGGGGCCGGGGGGCACGUCAGAAAUCACGCAGCGUUUCUUCUCGGCCGGCGCGCACGGCCAGCGGAGACGAGCAGCCUUGAACGUCUGCCUGCCUGCCUGCCGCAUCAGCAGGAUCUCCGCGCCCCACGGCCGCCAUCCGUAAUCGCCGGCAGAGCCUCCCCCUCCCCGGACGGCCCGAGCACCGCAUCUGUGCUUCACGCACGACAGGCCCCGAGACAAGACGGAUGAGGCGACAGAGCGGGGCCUGCGAAGCCCAAGUAGUAUUUGCAGCGGCUUCCGUGAGUCGGGCAGAAAACCACCGAUGAAGCCACGUGACCCAGGCAGCGCGCCGCCUCCCCGAAAGCUCCCGGCGUGCCCGGUCAGCCCGAGGGUCACCUGGGCCCCCGCCGAAUGCGCCUGGCCCAGGGUGGGCGGCCUUCGGGCUCUCCGUUCCUCUGCUUUUCAUGCAUCAGCACAGCUGGCGAGCCGAGUCACCUCCGGCUUCGUGCCGGGCGGUGCUGGUCAGGCGGUACCAUGCCCAAAGCGGCUGGCUGGAAGGUGGGGUCCCCGAAGUCCCCGAGGAUUCCCUGGGGCAGGGGUGCCGCUCCGCCAUUGAAUGGCCCUCCUUCGAGGGGCCGCGUCCGAAAUGCCGCAACCCUCCUCGGAGGCCUGCUCGUGUGUCGUGCAUCCCCGCGUCCCGGGCCUCUGGCGGAUGGGGAGAAAGGUGGGCGGACCGCAGGUCGGAGGCUCGGGCUGAUGGGACGGACAAUGGGGAGAUGGAUGGGGGCAGCCCGAGGACGACCCAGGGGAGCACAGUGGUUUCCAGUCUGGAUCGGUCACUUUUCUGUGACUGUUCCUCCCUGUGUGAAAUCACUCAUUGUGUGUGAGUGUGUGUGUGUGAGUGUGCGUGUGUGAAUGUGUGUGUGUGUGAAUGUGUGUGUGUGAGAAUGUAUGUGUGUGAAUGUGUGUGUGAGUGUGUGUGAGUGUGAAUGUGUGUGUGCGUGUGUGAAUGUGUGUGUGCGUGUGUGUGUGAAUGUGCGUGAGUGUGUGAGAAUGUGAGUGUGUGCAUGUGUGUGUGAAUGUGAGUGUGUGAAUGUGUGUGAGAAUGUGUGUGAGAAUGUGUGAGUGUGAAUGUGUGUGCGUGUGUGAGAAUGUGAGUGUGUGAGAAUGUAUGUGUGUGUGUGAAUGUAUGUGAAUGUGUGUGAGAAUGUGUGUGUGUGUGAGAAUGUGAGUAUGUGUGUGUGUGUGAGUGUGAGUGUGUCUUUGCUUUUGUCCUUCAUGUGGCCUCCAGGGGUGAUGAAGUGAGAGCCACGCGGGGAAUGGCGCCCCGCUGACCAGCUGUUCAGAGCCCUGGGUGCCCAGCACAUGCCUCCUCAGCUUGAAACAAUGAUGGGAACCCCUUGUUUCCCCUGAAAACUUGUCCUCCAGGAGGUGCCGGUGAAUCUACUCAGGCAGGCUUAAGACUUGGGAAGCUGCCUACAAGCCUCAGGAAAAGUCAUUCGUAUGUGGAGCGAAACUUGCUGACGGGAGAGUUCUUGCCUCCUUGUCCGUUAAAGGCAAAUCCCCUGCCGGGACAGUGACUGCUGAAGGGCCGCAGGCCCACUCCCUUCAUUCCCAGCCGGCCUUCCCAGUCUGCUGCCCAGGAGAGCAACGGCCUCACUGGCCGGCACUUGUAUCCCGAGUGCUCUGUCCCUGCGUUGGACUCUCCUGCAGGAGGCACAGGAUGUCCACAGAUGCUGGACCACACCAUGCAGACUUCCAUCCGUUGGUUCUUUCUCUGGAGGUGGACGUUGUAAAAGUUAAAAUUAGAUCUCAGUAAUAAAAAUAUAUUUUGAGGGAUUUAUUAAUGAUCAUUAGAAAUCAAGGAAUAAGGAGGGUUCAAAGAUAAAGACCACGCGCCCAUGGCUGAUGAGCCCAUUUAAAAUUCCUGCGCUUAGCUUACCACCGCCACCAUGCUGGCUGCCAGCCCAAGAGGACCGCCCACUCGCUAAUAUCCUCCAUCUACAGGAAGUACGUAAUGACAGCUCCCAGGAAAUGUAGUUCUUUUUUAGGGUAACAGAUUUUUAAUUAUACAUCACCCCACUGAGAUCCGUGGAAGACUAGUCUCCCCAAUGGAUCUGUAAACAUAACCAACUUUGGUUUACAACCAAAUUAUUACAAUAAUGUGGGGAUAAAAGGAAAAGAGAACAAAAGCAGUGAUUGCUAGGCGCAUUGACAAAAAGCCAGUUAGGGGGCCGUCCCCUUCGGCAUAAGAGUAUACAUACAAAACAAAUGCAUUCAACCCCACACAGUUCAAAUCACCACAUCCCAAAGUUCUCUCUGGAUCUUCUGGUGCAGCUUGUGGUCUGUGCAGGCAUCUUCAUGGUGCCUUCUCCAAACAGUUCAUGUUCCGGAAUCACACUCAAAAGGAAUUUAAACUUUGCAUUUUAGAAUAAAAAUAAUUAUAUUACCCCCCUCCCCCCCGAAGAGGGUGUUGAAAAACACAGGGAUCACUUAGGGAUGCGUGGCUGAGUUAUGAGGUAUAUGAAUCAAUUGGCAAGAGAAAUAAAAAACAUCAAAAAAAAAUCCAAAUAAAAGAAAAGAUAACUUCUGGAUGAAAUAUAAAUUAUCAAAGUGUAAAAAUUCUAAUUAAAAGAAAAAUGGUUUAUAACAGGUCUUUGAAUCAGCGUCCAAUUAAAUUAAUUUCUUAUCCCACAAGUCUGUAGGACAAAAUGCAGUAAUAUUUCACUUACCCAUUUGCAGGCAAGACUACAGGAAGUUGCCAUACUAUAAGAAAGAAAAGGGACUAGCUUCUAGGAGCAAAUGGGAGCCAGGAUGGAUCCAGAAUAAUCAAAGUCAUGUAUUUUAUAUAAAGUGUGUGGUACAAAGAACACCUACAUUUAACACAUGGAAAACAGCCACAACCUCAAGUCACACAUGAUUAAGUCCUUGAGCUUUUUGUGCAGAAUAUCAUCAAUCCACAUAGAAUUGGUUUGGUCUCCUUGAUGUAAGUAACUUUGUGCUUCUUUGGAACUGUGCAAUGGCUCUCUUUGUAUUCCCUUCUGGAAUCAGACAGAAUCAUUAAGCAAGUUCCAUAAAAAUGUUUUUAAACAAUAAAUGGAUUGUUUUUAUAGUCUAAA